GUGUCGCGCAAAGGCAAAGUUUCAAUCGAACUAGACGGAUGGUUUGCGAACGUCGUUUGUUCGUCGUUGUGGUGCGAUUUAAUUAGUUCCCCAAAAAGCUGUGGCUGCUCUUAUUCAAAGCGUUCCGCCAUUUAAAGAUUGUCUUCCCGCCUGAUACCGGAAGCUGCGAUGCAGCAGAAAGGUACUCAGUUGCGUGUUGUGAACAGCUAUGGUCGUAGUGCAUGUGGUCGUGAACUUACCGUCGUGAGGUGUAAAUUUUUUCUCCAAAAUUAGAUCGAGUACCACUCCCGCUUCACUCUACAGUGAAAAGUGAAAAGCAAGUGCAGAGUGUCUGUCUGUCUGUGUAUGAGUGUGUGUGCCUCCCGUUUCACAGAACGUAGAAUAAGUGAAUGGCAAGUGAAAUAUAGUGGCGCGGAGCAAGAAGUAUUGUGAAUAAAGAGAAAGUGCGUGCGGAAUGGAUGCGCGACAGCGACACGAUUUUCAUCAAAGGAAAGCGUGAGCAAAGCAAAGAAAGGAAGAAAAAGAAACAAAUAAAAGCGAAAACGAUAACUGCCCCGCCAUCCAACCACCCCCACCCACCCCAACCCCCUUCACAACGAGUGCGCGUGGGUGCGUGCGAUCCAAAUCCGAGCGGCCGAACCCUAAGCCGCCGCACGAGGACGACAAACGGCGUGGAAAUCGGUAGUGCGUGUGGGAGCUUGUCUGUGUGUGUGUGUGGUGAGCCAAGCGAGAGAGUUUGGCUUUAUUUUUUUCUUUUCAGAAGCUGUUCAAAAGGCUGUUGCUGAAAGUGAACCGAACGUAUCCGUCGGUUCGCUUAACGCUUGGCGGAGUAUUUUAACAGCGUACAUACAGUCUGAAACGUUCGAGACGGCAGCAUGAAGUUUUCCAUUCCCAUGCCCGGCGGUGGUUCCGGGCUGGCCCUUUUCUCCAAACUUAUCCGCACGAAAGAUCUGCGUAAGCUGCAGGAGGAGGACCCCAACAGUACAAAGCCCAAGCUAACCAAAUGUCUCACCACACUCGAUCUGACCUCGCUGGGCGUGGGCUCUUGUUGUGGUACCGGCAUGUACCUGGUGGCCGGAAUGGUUGCGCGAAACAUCGCCGGGCCGGGAGUAGUGCUUAGUUUUUUAAUAGCAGCCGUAGCUAGUAUAUUUUCAGGCGCCUGCUAUGCUGAGUUCGGUGUUCGAGUGCCACACACGUCCGGAUCCGCGUACAUGUAUUCUUAUGUUUCCGUGGGAGAGUUCGUAGCGUUUGUUAUAGGAUGGAAUAUGAUAUUAGAAUAUCUAAUUGGUACGAGCGCGUGUGCCUGCGCCCUUAGUGCAAGCUUCGAUUCGCUAUCGGGCGGCUUCAUAGGUAGAAGCAUAGCAGCCUCAGUGGGGACCAUAUUCGGGCGGCCACCGGAUUUCAUCGCAUUCGGCAUUACGCUUGUAAUGACGUUCAUACUGGCCCUCGGUGCCAGCAAGUCGGUGCUCUUCAACAACGUACUCAACACGGUGAAUCUCGCAUCGUGGGUAUUUAUACUAACCGCAGGCUUGUUUUACGUCGACACCAACACCUGGACCGAGCACGAGGGCUUUCUGCCGUUUGGCUGGAGUGGGGUAUUUACCGGAGCGGCCACCUGCUUUUACGCCUUCAUCGGGUUCGAUAUCAUAGCGACGACCGGCGAGGAGGCUCACAACCCGCAGAAAAGCAUCCCAAAAGCGAUCGUCGGCUCGCUAGUGAUUGUCCUGAUAGUGUACGUCACCAGCAGCUUCAUCCUUACACUCGUUGUUCCUUACGAUCACAUCGACACCGGUUCGGCGUUGGUACAAAUGUGGACCUACGUUGGUGCGCCCAAGUGCCGAGCGUUGGUUGCAAUCGGCGCUACUGCCGGACUCAGCGUCGCCAUGUUCGGUUCCAUGUUCCCAAUGCCGCGCGUCAUCUACGCCAUGGCCCAAGACGGUUUGGUGUUCCGGCAGCUUUCUCAGCUAUGGGCAAAGACCGGAGUUCCUGGCAUUGCAACGAUCGGCAGUGGCAUAGCGGCGUCUCUGGUGGCCCUUACCGUGCAGCUCGAAGUGCUGGUCGAAAUGAUGUCGAUUGGAACGCUGCUAGCCUACACGCUCGUAUCGACCUGUGUCUUGAUUCUGCGCUAUCAACCCCACAGCACCUCGCUGGUUGAUCUACUACCUGCGCAGCUUCGCACACCACAACCGCCGAGUACUCCGGACCCCACUACCCAGCAGCGUGUGGUUAAAGCGAACGUUAUGGUGAAGAAAAUAAUGCGAGGAUCACCCGACUCGGAUGACAGCUAUGGUGAGGACAGUCCCGAAGAGUACAUGGGUCGUGACGAUCAGUUCCUGGUGUCAGACCGUACGGAGAACAAAUUUUACGGUGCGGUACACGGAGCGGCACAGGGAGGCGAUGACACCUUCACGAUAUGGGGAUGCGAUUACAUUGGGCGCAAAAUUCAGCAAUAUGCCUACCUAUGUCCAGGAUUCUUCCCCUGGAUUCGACCCGGACCGGCAACUCACGAAUCAGGAAUGUACGUAACAAAGCUGGUAGGACUCAUGUAUGUGUGCAUAUUUCUGCUGGAUCUCUUUAUGGCGAUUGGUCUGACGGGGACGUUCUUUUCGCUGGCGUACACCGUACUGGUGCUGAGCAUUAUUUGGAUUCUGCUCGUCAUUUCACGACAGCCUCAGAAUCGAUAUGCACUGUCGUUCCUCACACCUGGACUUCCAUUCAUUCCCACGAUCGCAAUCACAGUAAACAUUUACCUGAUCUUCAAGCUCAGCAUUCUCACGCUGGUACGGUUUACCGUGUGGAUGACUCUCGGGUUGAUCAUGUACUUCUAUUACGGCAUCACUCACAGCUCGCUAGAGAACCCGAGCGAAGAGUUUGAGCUGACCGUCGAUAAUAAUGGCACGGCCGCUACGAAUCUCAAACUGGAUGUUCCUUCCACCGCGACCACGGCAAAGCCCAGCAAACGUCAGCAUGCCGAACCGGUCUGGGAUCGCCACGGCUACGAGAACCGUAUGGCCACGAACGAUGAGGGCGAAUAUCAGUGGUCCAACGCGAACCAACAGCCUAACAACACCAAUCCAUACAACUGGAACUCCAACGAUGCAUGGGGCGAUCGAACGAUCUACGAUCCACCGCCACAGUCAACGAACAUUUUCCAACCGCCGCCAUCCACAGUUCCCGCAACAUCUGCCCGCCCCACGUCGGAGGUUAAAAAGGAUGGCUUUGGCAUGUUCUACAACGAGUCGGCAAGCUACCCAACCUGGGACGACUAAGGCACGCCGGGUCUCGCUAUCCUUCCACUUGUACAUAAUGCACGCUGGAACCGUUCGAGGCACUUGCUCGCCGGAGCAGUCCAAUCUCGUCAACCUCCUCCCAAGACUAACGUCCGCCUUUCGUUUCGUUCGUUCGGGUAUGUGGUUAUGAAGUUCCGUUUCUGUCACCUCUUUCCAUUAUGAUGAAUGUGGCACUUUCUCCCUCCAUAACAAAUUCCAACCGAUGUUUCCUAUUUGAGCACGUUGUUGCAUCGUUAACAGUGCGUAGGGCGUACAGGGGCGAGUGAAGAAUGUGAUAAAAUGCAAAGACACUCUCUAAAGCAAAGAAAACUAAAACAAACACAGACACACACACACACAGACAACAAAGAUAAUUGCAACAUAUCCCUAAGUUAAGUUAGAAUUAUAUUAGCUGGGAGGGUUUGUAGAGGACGACUCUUGAUUUCUAUCGGGCAGCUAUGGGACAAUCUUGGGAUGUACUAUUUUUUCGACCAUGUAACAUUAGGUUACCUGUUUUUAAAUUGUACCAUGUACUACUUGUUAGAGAUGAAUUUACUGUAGGUACUUUCGAUUCACCUCCUUCCGGACAGCUCCUUACGAAGCAAUUCUACGGAGGUUUCCAAUACGAGUUUGAGUUGUUGUGUGCUUCAGUUAGUAACGUGAACGUACACGCUGCGAGGUACAGCAUAUGCAAUGGUGGUGACCGGGUUUCUUCUCGAAGUGCAUACACAGAGGCGCAAAACAAAUAUAUUAACGCGAUGCGAUUUAAUGCUACGAUCUACAAGCUAACUCUACCUGACAUAGGAAAGGCAAUCAGACCGAAUCGUGUGUAAUUUAGUAUAGUUAAAUAGUGGUGACAUUCUCUUACGAACGAACGCGUUCGUAUUUGGCACUGUACAAUUUGGCACCCAUUCCAAAUUAUGAAACUCACCUACAUUCCUUACUGUCACUCGUACUCAUCUUCAAUACAUACCAUACGAUAAGACGGUGUAAAGCUCUGUAAAAGCGAACGUUGUAUCAUUCCGGCAAUAGCAUUAAUCUACAUGGUGGCGGUCGUCAAGCGCGUUCACGCAUACCCGGGAACGAAGGAACUGUACGAUUUUAGAUAGUUAGCUAGCCCUGCGAGGAUUAAUGAUGGCGGUGGCAGUGAUUCGGAGACGGUCGGCGAACGGAGAAAGGGAACGUAUGAAAUCAAUCGAGUUGAUGGAUCGAAGGGUUCGCUUAUGAAAAUUCUAACGAUUAUACAUAUUUGAAGCGAGUGUAAGAUAGUAACGCAUGUGCCAUGAGAAAAGCUGGAGCGCAACGCAGUGACGGUCACUGGCGGACAUUGGGCACAAAGAAAGAAACAAUGUAAAAAGAUCAACAACAAACGGAUAUCGAUGUCUGAUGUCCCACUACGAAAGCUACACAGGUGUGUGGUAGAGGUAGCUCACUCUGUUACGUUUUAAAAAGAUGAAUUUAAAUGGGAAACUGUUUUCUGCUCUCGGUUCGAAACUCUGUAACAGUUGUCUAUAUACGCGCGAGAUACAUUUAUCUGAUCCGUUAUCCGAACACAAAGGAACAACGUUUACUUUUAACGACCGAAGCUUGCAUCACUUGUUAAACAUUGCUUCCGGUUUCAUUUUCCAUAACUUCCUACCGUUACAUGCCAUCAAAAUGUCUUUGCGUGUAAAAAGCAAGCCAUUUUUCAUUCCCCCCGAUCCUGUACACGCCAUGCAUCGUCGACCACACACACACUACACAUGCUGCAAACAUGUUCAAACGGUGGUUCAUACACGAUAAAAUAAACAUAUAAAAUAGACAUUACGUACGCAUACGCAAAAACAAGUGAGAAAUCAGUAUCUUUCAUCAAAUUAAGUGAUAUUUUACUGUUGAAGUUGUUGGUUGAGUAACAUAAUAAUUAUAACGAUAAUAAGCAAACAAGUAUAUAUAUAUACAUUUAAUCGAUGAAAACAAUGGUCGCGGGGCACGCACCAGCACACGAAGCGGGAUCCAAAGGAUGGGAUGGGAGAGCGAUACCACUAUUACUACUAUCUAUGCAUUGUUAAGCUGUACAUUUUCGUUGUAAGACUCUUUCCUCUCGUUCACUGCAUGUUAAUGUUCCGGAGCUAUACAACUGCUCGAUCGCAAUAACAUCCAUAACCAUAAAAGUGUGCUGGGUAGAAACUGCGAACAAAGUCUAAAGCCACGUAAACUACACGCUCAUCGGAUGUUGAGUAGCACACCAAGCAGAAUCAGUACAUAGUUCUUGAAUCUGAAGGAGCUUUUCCGUUCAUGUCCUCGUCCAAUAUCAGCAAUCGAUCGUAACUGUAACCGAUACCAAAAAAACUACCGAGAAUCGUAACACGAAACAAGCGCCGGUUAGCAUUCGGUGCAAACUUUUACCGUUCAUGCUUAGCAAUAUAUUUACUAAACGAAGCAAAACCAAAACCACCAACAGUUGGCAGCACAACCAGGCUAUCGUUCCGCAUAGGGUUGCGUCUUCUUCCGCAGAACGAUAGUUCACAAAAAUAAAACAAAGUUUUGACUUUUCUAAGUGUGAUAUUUACCAGUACACAUUUCAAAUAGAUAAAACGGACUAUCAUGCAAAUACGCUCGUAACAGCACACCGUAAUACAUUCAUCAACCGUCAGGAUGCUCUUGCUCUACAACUGGAAACAAGCCAUAUUUGCGACGGCAAUGGUUCGCCACCUGUUCGCCACAACUUACUUGAGCAACUAAACCCAAAGGAUUUAAUGUACAAAAAAUACACACGGCCGUAAGCAAUGAGUCUCGAGAACUGGGGCGAACUUACUACCAAACGAACAAGAUAGAUUCAAUGACAAAAAAGCAGGACUCAGAUGAGCAAGUGCACCACAGGAAUCCAUGGUAGAGCAGUGUAAGAACAAACGACAUUGGCCCAGGCUGGAUGGACAAGCUGGGCGUCAACCGAACAAGAAAAACCGAAAGAAGCUCCAGUUAUUAUAUAAAUAUACAACCUAAAGUAUAUACCUUAUACAUAUAUAGCUAGUACGUCUAUUUCAAUUUUUUCUCCAUGCGCAACUCACCCAAGCGCCCGUUCUACCAGUGUACUACUUCUUUACGUGUGUAGCCAGUAUAAAACGAGAAACAACAAUUAUGCAAACAACCCAUAAGGAGACAGAGAUUGUAAAACGUGACGCGAGGAAAAUCAUUCGAUACACUAACUAUACCAGAAAGGAAACCGUUAAUGGGACAAGCUAACACAAAAAAACAUAACUACAAAAUUAGAACAUCUAAAAUGCGUACAUAAUUGAGUUCUGAACAAUGGUUGAACGGUUAAGCCUCAAGGCCAGGCAGAGGUUUAGGAGUACGUGUUUGUUGAGUUAUCUUAGUGUAAACCGGACGCAAAAAGACAUCACUAUGCAAACAAAAAAACAAACAAAAAAACAUUAUAUAUUGCCGACGAGCAGAUCCAGUCAGUCAUUAAUCUACUCUUUAAAACUAAGCACAUCCUUGCAAAAGUGUUGCAUUGCAGCCCAGAGUUAGGAUUAAAUUGGUUGAGGAGUAAACUGAAACACAUUACGGAAUCAUAUGAAAAGCAACAAGGAAAACUAAGAGUACAUAACUAAAUUAAAGAGUAAAAACCAAAAACAAGAAAGAAAAUAUAAAAUGCAAUAAAAUUAACAAAUGGCAAA